AGCUGGUCGAUAUUGGUGUAAGCUGGGAGAUACAUUAUCAACAGUUUAUUAUCUUUCAAUCGAGCAUGACUCCGAAGAAAUAAAUAUAGUACAUCCUGACACUGCACCACAUAAACCUCAUGCGGUACCAGAACAAAUGUUAUCAAAAUAUGAUUUACUUAUUUCUACAACGUGGACUACAUGGACUCAAUGUUCUAUGUGUGAUAUAGUUGGAAGAAAAAAUCGUUAUGGAUAUUGUUUUAUUUCUUCGCGUAAAAAUAUUAAAAGACGAGGUACACAGUUUCUGAGAGAUAGAGAUCAAGAUAAGAUAUGAGAUCUUACGAAAUAAUUUUUAAUGAUAUAUUAAGAUAUAGACGAACAAACUGAAACAAUCGAUCAGCCUAGUUCAGAAAGUGCAGAUCAAACAACGAAUUUAAGUGAAAAUGUUAUAAGUAAGAUUAAGAUGGCUUUACACGUAUUUAGGAAUCAAUUACCAUGUAAAAGUGAAUAUGUACCAAAUGAGAUUCGAGACAUGCCAGAUGUCAAAAAUAGAAAAACAGAAUUAAUGAUUAAGUAUUGUAAGGUAAAAUGUUCAAAAAACGAGAUAUUUGAGGUGCGCGAUAAACAUGGAAAUGUUCUUGAAAGUGCCAACAAUAGUGCUGGUAUCUAUUCUGUAGUUCAAGGAAUGCCUAUUCCAUCACCACCAGUUAUACGCACAGUGAUUUUCAAGAAAUAUGAGACGAAAGCAAUACUCAUAUGCCCAGGAAAUUUAAACACAGAUGUACCGAUUACUUGGAAAGUGAAUAAUGAAUUAUUACAUCCAUCUGUUAUCGAAAAACAAUCGGAGGGAAGAAUUCAUAUCAAUGCCCAAACGCAUAUAAUCGUGAACUCAUUAAAAUUCGAAGAUACAAAUAUUUACAGUUGUUGGCAAAAGAAUGAAAUUGCUGGUAUAAUAAAAUUACAAGUAACAGGAGAAACAGAAUUGCAAGUAAAUUAUAGUGUGAUGAUACUUGGUGGAAUUUUAAUAGUUACUGUAUUCCUAAUAGUGUUUUGGAGAGCGUUUGAACAUCGCAAACGUUUUACUAUUCGUUAAUUAUACUGAAUACUGUACGUUUGAAAUAAAAUGAUACAUACAAACAAAA